CCCGGGCCACCCAAGGGCCGGUGGACGCUCGCUGGCUCUGGGCUCUGUAAAGCCCCGAAGGUAAAUCCGUCUAGGAGCCGGGCGGCUCGAGCGAGAGGGGGCCAACGACCGGGCCGGGCAGCUGGAUGGCGGCGGAGAGGAGCGUCGCGCGGCGGCAAGUUUCUCCAAAAAGCUGAACUCGUCGCAAAGUUUCCUGUGCAUCAGCUUGCACCCUGCGUACUGGUGGCGGGCUUUUUCCGUGCGGGUGGUCUUUGGGCGCUGGAGGGACGCGGAGGUAAUUGGAUUAUUCCGCCUGGUCACAGCCCAGAUUUCUCUCACGGACCGCGCGUUGCGGAGGGCGCAGAUUUUGCCCUAGCAGGGGUGGGUAGUAGACACGCAGUUGGGUCGCGCACAGCAGUCGGGUGACCGCCAGGCUUGGAGCGCGUCUGCAAGGCGUGCCUGCUUGUCCCGAGGCAAAGUUCCAUGAUUUCUUUCCUCUUUAGGCAACUGGGUGCUGUUCCUUCCCGGGCUGACCUCGGAGUCUCCGCUAUGGACAGCGAGAGUGAAGUGGAUUUUUCUAGCAACAGUUUAACCCCUUUGUGGCGGAGGCGGUCAACUCCUCAGCCUCAGUUGCUGGGCCGGAGCAAGCCGAGGCCCCAAUCCUACCAGAGCCCCACCGGGUUGCUGAUCACGGAUUUCCCCGUGGAGGACCGAGGGACGCUCCCCGCCAUGCAGGCUACCACCCAGGUACCCACCGCUUCGGAGGGCAGGACGGUCCAGGAGAACCCGCAGCUUCUGUGUGCCCAUAGGAGAGUGGUGACCAAUGGGAGGACGGUCUCCCCGGAAUAUAGAUCUGUCUCUCCUCGGCUGCGACGGCCCAACUCUCCCCAGGCUCCCAAAGCAGUGUCAGGGGUCUCCUCAAAAUCCCCAGCGAAUGGCACUGGGACCUCGCCUUUACCGCAGCCUGUGCGCCCCCAGCGGACUACCAAGUCGCCCCCCUGCUGCAACUGGGAGGUAGACCUGAUCGCAUCGACGACGAGCCCCCUGCCUUCAACCGCUGCAAAUGGGCUUUUCCCUGAAAUCGACUCCCCAGGCUCUGGUUCGCGAUCUGGCCAGGCAACUAAGGACCUUGAGCCAGAACCCACGAAACUCUCUCCUGCGCCCCAGAAAAGUUCUUCGGAACACAAACUCCCCCUCCAAAGGCUGCCCUCCCAGGAGAACGAGCUUCCAGAGAAUCCUUCAGUGGUUUUGAGCACAAACAGCCCCGCCGCCCUCAAAGUGGGGAAACAGCAAAUCAUUCCGAAGAGCCUGGCCUCGGAAAUUAAACUAAGUAAGUCCAACAGUCAGAAUGUGGAGCCCCACAGGAGACUCUUCAAGGUGCGCAGCAUGGUGGAGGGCCUCGGAGCUUCUCUGGGCCCCUCAGAGGAUGAGGGCGACGCGGAGAACGACGUGGACAGCCCAGGGUCUCUGCGGCGAGGCUUGCGAUCCACAUCCUAUCGCCGGGCGGUGGUCAGUGGCUUUGAUUUUGACAGUCCUACCACUUCAAAGAAGAAGAACAGAAUGUCCCAGCCUGUUCUGAAAGCGGUGAUGGAAGACAAGGAGAAGUUCUCCAGUCUGGGAAGGAUAAAGAAAAAAAUGCUGAAAGGACAAGGAACAUUUGAUGGGGAAGAAAAUGCUGUCCUGUAUCAGAACUACAAAGAAAAGGCUCUUGACAUUGACUCUGAUGAAGAGUCGGAGCCCAAAGAACAGAAGUCAGAUGAAAAAAUUGUGAUUCACCACAAGCCACUGAGGUCCACGUGGAGCCAGCUGUCUGCGGUGAAAAGAAAUGGAUUAUCACAGACAGUUAGUCAAGAGGAAAGAAAGAGGCAGGAGGCUAUCUUUGAAGUCAUAUCCUCUGAACAUUCCUAUUUACUCAGCUUGGAGAUUUUGAUACGAAUGUUUAAAAAUUCUAAAGAACUGAGUGAUACAAUGACCAAAACAGAGAGUCACCAUCUUUUCUCCAACAUUACAGAUGUCUGUGAGGCAAGCAAAAAAUUCUUUACAGAGUUGGAAGCAAGACAUCAGAGUAACAUCUUCAUAGAUGACAUAAGUGACAUUGUGGAAAAGCACACAGCCUCCACAUUUGACCCAUAUGUGAAGUACUGCACAAACGAAGUCUACCAGCAACGCACACUACAGAAAUUGUUAGCCACUAACCCAUCUUUUAAGGAAGUACUGUCACGAAUUGAGUCCCAUGAAGACUGCAGGAACUUACCCAUGAUCUCCUUCCUCAUUCUCCCCAUGCAGAGGGUGACUCGCCUGCCCUUGCUCAUGGACACUAUCUGUCAGAAAACACCGAAGGACUCUCCAAAGUAUGAGGUCUGCAAAAGAGCCUUAAAGGAAGUGAGCAAGUUGGUUCGACUGUGCAAUGAAGGAGCUCGGAAGAUGGAAAGGACUGAAAUGAUGUACACAAUUAACUCCCAGCUGGAAUUUAAAAUUAAGCCUUUUCCUUUAGUCUCCUCUUCCCGGUGGUUGGUCAAAAGAGGUGAGUUGACAGCCUACGUAGAAGACACCGUGCUUUUCUCAAGAAGGACAUCUAAACAGCAAGUCUACUUCUUUCUCUUUAACGACGUGCUCAUUAUCACCAAGAAGAAAAGUGAAGAAAGUUACAACGUCAAUGAUUAUUCCUUAAGAGAUCAGCUACUGGUGGAAUCUUGUGACAACGAAGAGCUGAAUUCCUCUCCAGGGAAGAACAGUUCCACAAUGCUUUAUUCAAGACAGAGCUCGGCCAACCACCUCUUCACUCUGACCAUCCUUAGUAACCAUGCGAGUGAGAAAGUGGAGAUGCUGCUCGGGGCUGAGACGCAGAGUGAGCGAGCCCGCUGGAUAACCGCCCUGGGACACAGCAGCGGGAAGCAGCCCCUGGACCGAACCUCACUGACCCAGGUGGAAAUCAUUAGAUCGUUCACUGCCAAACAGCCAGAUGAACUCUCCCUGCAGGUGGCGGAUGUGGCACUCAUCUAUCAGCGGGUCAGCGAUGGCUGGUAUGAGGGGGAACGGCUGCGAGAUGGAGAGAGGGGCUGGUUUCCUAUGGAAUGCGCCAAGGAGAUAACCUGUCAGGCUACAAUUGACAAGAACGUGGAGAGAAUGGGACGCUUGCUAGGACUGGAAACCAACGUGUAGCCUCCCCGACGGCCUUCCACGAGCGCGAGAUUUGCACUACAUCCCGGCCGGCUGGUUGGUCCUGGGCCGGCUUUGUUGUUCAUUUUAACGCAGCCUGUUUCAUCAGAAGAAUGGAAACACUUGCCUUUACACUUGCCAGGUGGUUUUGCUCUCUCAGGAGAACAACUACCAGAUACAGUGAGUUCGCAAGUCUCAGUGGGAGCACACUGUCCACGUGCAGCCUUCCUGAGGCCCGCAGAUAGAGGGGAGUCUGCUGCGAGGGCCAGGAGGCUGAAGCUCUGGCCGGGCUCACCCUUUUCUGGCCUGGAAAAUGGAUAUUGGAGUCUGUGCCCUGGUUUUCUUUUUCCUCUUCCGCCAAGAAAGUUACUGUCCCUCCGUUUAACCUCUCCUUUGUAUGGUUCUCCCGGUCUUAGCAAGAGUUUGUGUGUUUAAGGAAUGCCCAGUUUUGUAAAUGUUUUUUCUGCCUCUUUUAUUUUAGAUCUGAUUCUAAUGCUAAGAGCAUUUCACAAGGAACUUGUAGAGCUCAAAAGGUGAGCUGUUGAGUUUUUCUAAACCUCUUCCCGGGGAAAGGGAAACUGACACUUGAAUUUUUGCCACCUCUUUCCUCAUUAGGAGAGAAGCUUCCUUUAGAGAUUUUCUUUUUAAAUCCAUCUUACCCAGUACUGGUCUCCGAUAAGUAGAGCCUAAUGAAACCCUACUCAGGCUACUCAAAUAAGGUAGAAUUUAGAUGGUUCACAUGAGUGAAAAAAUCCUGAAUACAGGAGAGGGUCCUACUUUUUUUUUUUUUUUUUUGAAUGUUCCCAAAUGAGCUGAUA